CUCUCUCGCUCUCGCUCUGGCUCUCUCUCUCGCUCACUCUCUCUCGCUGGCUCCCUCUCCCUCACGCUGCGUAGGGCUCAUCAAGCAAGGACUACGACGACGACGAUUGUGCCCAGAGAGACUAAGCGAAGUAGGGUGGACUCGGACAUCAGCCUCGAUUACCAUCUAACGCACUCAACUUCCUCUCAGCUUCUCCUCUGCGUCGCUUCAUCUCGCUGCCUUUGCCAUUGCCUCCGAUUUCCUGCCUUUCUCGGGGUUUCUUUUUGCUUUGGCUACCCCCUUCUCAGCUCCCAUCUCUACUACUUUGCUUUCUCGCUUACCCCUUCCCUUUGCCCUGUAGUCGAUUCCCCUCCAGGAUUUUUUUUUUUGUCUUUCCCUCCACCAGAGGGCAUACAGUCAUGGCGGGUCUCGGUUCGGACCCUCCUUUCUUGUCUGUUUCUGUUACUGAGCCGGUGAAGAUGGGCACAGGCAUGCAAGCCUAUAUUUCAUAUCGUGUCAGCACUAAAACAAACAUUCAAGAUUUCCGAGAAACAGAGAAGAUCGUGAUACGGAGGUUCAGCGACUUUGUAUGGCUUCACGAAAGAUUGAUGGAGUGCUACAAGGGCGCUAUCGUUCCUUCUUUACCCGGGAAAAAUGCUGUUGAGAAGUUUCGUUUUACUGCAGAAUUUAUUGAGGUGCGGAGAAAAGCCUUGGACGUUUUUCUUAAUCGAGUAACCGCCCACCCUGAGUUGCGCAAAAGUGUAGACUUCAAGAAUUUCUUGGAAGCUGAUGAAGAUAUCUGGGCCAUAGAAAAGACGCGAUCAACGGAGGGAAGUGUUUUUAUGAAAAAACCGAUGGAUUUCAUGCAGAUGCUGAAGGAUGCAGGAACAAGAGUGAGCGAUGCAGUCAUGAGAAAGGAGAAGGUGGUGGAAGAAAUUGAUCCCGAAUAUGAGAAGUUGAAGCAUUACAUCUUAGAGCUCGAGGACCAUCUGGCUGAGGCACAACGCCAUGCUAUGAGAUUAGUGAAACGGCAAAGAGAAUCGGGGAAAGUUUUAGCUGAUUUCGGCAAAGCUAUCCAACUACUUAGCCAAUGUGAAUCCGGCUCAUUAAAGCAGGCACUUGCUGACAUUGGCGAUCGUGCAGAUGAAUUAUCUGCAAUACAACAGAAGCAGGGAUUAGAGCUACUACUGCAAUUUGAAGAGCCACUGAAGGAGUAUGUGGGAAUUGUUCAAUACAUUAAGGUGGUCAUGGCAGAUAGAGCACAAGCAUACCGAGAACAUCAAGAGCAUUUUGAAGCUUACUCCUUGAAAAAGCUGAGUUUGGAGAAGCAGAAGUUGUUGCGUCCAGACAAGGCCGUAGAUAUGGAGGCAGAUUUGCAACUUAGUAAGAGUCAAUGUGACGAGGCUCAAGCUCGGUAUCGAAGACUGGUCAAUCUGAUGAAUCAAGAUAUGUUACGAUUUCAAGAAGGCAAGACCCUCGAUCUUGGUCUUGUUCUUCAGAAUUUCGCUCGCGCACAAGCCCAGCUAUCCAUGUCGACAGCGGACACAUGGGGCACACUACUUCCUGAAUUGAGUUCUCCUUCCAUGGCAAAAGAGGGAAAUGCAUACACCUGAUUUUGUAGUCGUAGAUUGUAAAACUGAAGAAGUUAAUUUUUUUCAUGCUGAAAUGUUAUAAUGGCACAUGGUUGUGAUCUCUGAGUGAUGGCGUGGGUUGUGUGUCUUGGCCAGUGAGAGGGAACAGCUUUCCGCACAGUUUGUUUAUUGCUUAUUUGGACCCUAGCUUGAAGGGUCAGGAGUUGCUGUCGAAGAUUUGCUUGUAAGAUCUUUGUUCGAGUAGUAGUCAAUUGGAUGAUUUGGGUGGAAAGAUGUGGAAAAGGUGUAAACCCGAUCUUAGAGAAGUAUGUGGGGAGAUUGUAGCUACGGAGGUGUAAACAAUUAGCAUGGCAUUGAGUGAGAUUUAGUGGCAUUUUGGCAUUUGUGUAUGCCCUGGUCUGCCUUGCUCUGUUUUGUCACCCGUAUGGUGUAUGUAGCUUUGUGGGAGUAAGUCUAAUGCAUGUACUUUCAAUCUAGAUCUUCCUGCACCAAUAAUACCAAUUUUACUAAUUUUUCGGCUGUAA